AUGGCUACGGCAACGGUUAUUGGCAAUGAAGAUUACGGCUAUGGUCUAGGUGAAAUUGUAAAGAAUACGGUAGUAUUUGGCCUAGUGAAAAAGCUUACUGCAAAUCUUAGCUGGAGAUCAGACAAAACUCACAGCAAUAGAUAUAAUU